AUGAUAUUCCCAUUAUUAGCCUUGCUAGCAUCCUUUGCAUUUGGAAAUGGAAUUGAUAUCAAUCAAGAAAAGACAAAUGAUAGAAUUAGAAUUGAGAGGACGCUUUUACGCUUUGUCCCACUCACAAAAUUUAUACCAAAAUAUAGAGUCAAGGUGCGGAAGGUUUUCGACGGUGAUACUUUGAUUUGGGAGGAAGACAAUACCUACGCUGUAGACGUCUGGCUCUACUUUAUGGGAGACGACUGUUUGGUGGAUAUUCUGACUAUUUCAGAUUACCAUGAAGGUGGAAACAGAUACUUUGUAAAGGUUAUUAUAAAUGAAUAUUUGAGAGAACCUAUUGAAGCAGUUCCAAUGGCCAUUGAAGAGUCCACUGGAUCGAGGGAACUCGACGCAUUUUCGGUAGAAUCGGCAGCUAUUGAAGAAGGAACAAGUGAUUCUCUUGUAGUUGAGAAAGAUGAUGAUGACGGAACAGAUACAGACUCUGUCAACACAACGGAUUCUAUAGAUGACUAUCUCGAUACCACAGAUGAAGAGGAUGAAUUUGUGGAUGCCAUGGAAUCCUUGCCAACCGCAGCCGAGGGCGAUUUAGAGACUGAGGCUCCAUCAGAGGAUACUACUGUUCAGACUCCAAAACCUGUAGAUGAAGGAGCAAUGGCGGAGCCCACUCCCUCAGAAGAGAUACAUUAUCCUGCCACCAUUCCAUUCCGCGAAAAGAAGGUGACAAAAGUGAUAUGGAAACAAGUCACAAAGGUAGAAUUUGAUCACCUGCUCAAGGAACUUGAAAAACUGGUACUUAAGCCGAGGGUACGUGGCCCAAGUCACUCGGAUUUUGUUCGACCGACAUAUCCACCAAAAUAUUUCGCCAUUGAUAUCAUGCGCACCUUUUAUAGCAGAGACCCAAAGGUUAUGAAGGAGAACAUGGAGUCAUUUGGUGAAGCCAGGAGGAGUGGAUACGUUUUAUUCUUUUGCACGGCUGAAACUUACUUAUUUACAUUGAAUUUAAUGGGUCCAGAAUUUGUGAGUAAAACUGGAUAUGCAGGACUCCCAGGAGUGUAUAACAACGGCGCUCUAGUAUAUGACGAGAAUGGUGAAGUUGUACUCCGCAAAGUCUUUGCAAAAGAAUUCAUGAGGGCUUUUUUCAUUAACCUCGGCAAGCAUUGCACGUCAAAUAGAUGCAGAUUCUACACAAUUGAUGGUAGCUUUACAAUAACAGAUGAUAAAGAGAAUUAUACGAUAAACUUCCGAGGACUUCGACGCCGGAAGGUUUUACUCGAGGAGUUACUCGAACUCCCAUACAUUGGCAUCUCACUGAAAUACAAAAACGUCAACAUCAAGGGCUAUAUCAAUGGGAUUGACUAUUUUGGAAGGCCAGUAAAGGACGGUUUAUACCUCAUUUCUCAAGUUGGAGUUAACAAGGCGUCCGGAGUGGCUGCACUGAUGGCUCACUACAAUAUUCCUGCAAAUGCAUGCGCUUUUAUCGGUGAUGGAUUUAAUGAUAUAGACAUAAUGGAGCAGUCAGAUUUUUCAUUUGCAGUUGGAAAUGCGCCAGACCCUGUCAAGAAACACGCAAAAUGGGUGAUGGAAAGAUCAUAUGAUGAGGCCGCUGUAUCGGAGGUAAUUUAUGCCAUGUAUGGCACUGGAGGACUCUCAGAUGUCCAUAUAUGGCGUGGAGAAGGCUAUGUAAGCAGUUCAGAUGAAAGAACCUAUCUGUGA